ACCAACCAUUACAACUAGAAACACAUCUGUCUAUUUCUCAUAAAUAUAUUCAUAUACAUUUAGUCUCACUCUUUGUUUUCCCGGUGGAGUUUCUAACUGUUCUUCCACUUCCGUGUUUUCUUUUUUACGUUACUGUCGCUUUAAAUGACAGCUUCUAAUGCGCGGGAGUACAGUUUAUUACGGUGCCGUCUACACAUGUUAUACAUGUUGUUUUUCUGAUAAUUCCUUCACCCGCUAUAUAUUUUUACAGCGAUUUACAACAUGGACGAAGACGCCGCCCUGAGGUCAAAGGUCACGUCGACCCUCCUCCUCGGAGAGCCGCCCGUCAGCGUGGUAAACGACAACAAGUACAUCUCCCCGCCGACCGCCGGAGACGCGGACCACGACCGGCCCUCUCUCGACGCCGCCAUCCACGCCGCCCUGUCCGGCGGACCCAGAACGGUGGUGCUGCUCGGCCCCGAGGGGUCGGGCAAGACCACGGCUCUGGAGAAGCUGGUGGUGGGCUGGGCCCGAGGGGAGCACCUCCAGAACUUCUCCUUCGUGUUCCACCUCCGGUUCCGGGAGUUGAGUUCCCUCGACGGGACGCCGCUCUCCCUGGAGACGUUGAUGCGGCGCCACGGCGGCCGUCACCUCCCUCCGGAGGCCGUGCGUCAGGUCCUGCGGAACCCCGAGAGCGCCCUGUUUGUUUUCGACGAUCUGGAUCGGUGCGACCGCGGCUCGGACCCCUCCGCGGUCCCGCCGUGCUCCGACCCCGGACGGGCGGCGCCCGUGUCCGGCUUGGUGGCGGGCUUGUUCGGCGGGUCGCUGCUGAAAGGCGUCGCCGUCGCGGCGGCGACCCGGCCGACCGAGAGUCGGGAGUUCUUCCCGAGCGGCGCCCGCCGGGUGCAGGUGUCGGGGUUCCUGAAGCCGCAGAGAGAGGCCUACUUCCGCGGGUUCUUCCCCGACGACCCGGCCGCCGCCGCCGCGGCGAGCGCGCACAUGGAGAGCACGCUCGGCUUCUACGAGUUCUGCACCUCGCCCAGAUUCUGCUGGACGGUUUGCUCCGUCUACAAGUCCCUGAUGGACGCCGGCGCCGAACUUCCCGAGACGCUCUCGCAGCUGUACGCGGGCGUCCUGGUGCGCCUGACCCGGGCGCUCCGGCUGAACGAGGCCCGCGGCAGAGCGCUGGUCUCGGCCCUCGGCGAGAUGGCGUCCCGUUGCCUCGUCGGCUCGGACUCCAGUUGCGCCGAGGAGGAGAUGGAUUCUUUCGGCUUUCGACCGUUUCUUAAGGAGGCCGGCGCGUUCCUGCGAGUAGACGAUGACGGCGGCGACCGGUCAGACGGACGCCGCCGCGUCUUCUCCUUCCACUCCCGACCGAUACAGGAGUUCUUCUUGGCCGCGGCCUUUCUGUGGGACCCGUCGUCCGGCGGCGUGGAGGAGACGUUGGCGAAGCACGAAGGCCGCGCCGAGUUCCUCGACGUCUUCCUGUCGGGGCUCUCGCAGCCGCUUCGCCGCCGGCCGCUGGAGGCCGCGCUCGGGGCGCCGAACGCCGAGCGGGUCGCGGACUUCAACCGCUGGUUCAGAAGCGACUCGCGCGAGGCGCUGGCGGGAUGCCGCAAGGACCGACACCUCCGCUGCUUCCGGAUGCUUCUGGAAGCCGGAAACGAGAGUCUGGUGAAGGAGGUCGUCGACGCCGCGGCGCGGAUCGGCAUCAGCUACGGAGACGUGAGCCUCCGGGACUGCGCGGCCCUCGGCUACGUCGUCUCUCGGCUCGGCGGGGUGGAGCACUUGAAUCUUUACCGGACGGGUCACCUGACGGGGGCGCAGGCGGAGACGCUGGCGCCGGCCAUGCGCUUGUCGCGGGAGAUAAACUUGAACAGCAGCUCCUUGAGUUCUGCCGCCGCCACCCACCUGGCCUCGGCUCUCAGCGGCGGCGCCACCGAGGAGCUGGACCUCUCUCAAAGCGCCCUCGGAGACGACACGUUCAAAACCCUCUGCGCCGGACUCAGAAACUGCAAGCUGCGCACAUUAAAACUUCGAGCGUGCACGCUGACCGAGGCGAGCUGCGGGGCCCUGGCGUGCCUCGUGACCUCUGGCGCCCCCCAGCUGCGCGUGUUGGAAGUGGGGUUCAAUAAGAUCGGGGACCGGGGCUUCGUGGAGCUGUGCAGAGCGCUGCAGCGUCCUCUCUGCAGACUCCAGGAGCUCCAGCUGCACAACUGUGACUUGACCGCCGCCUCGGUGGAGGCUCUGUCGGCCGCCCUGUGUUCGGGACACUCUGAGUUGAGGAAAGUCGAUCUGACGAGAAACCUGAUUGGUGAGCGGGGAGUGGAGGCGCUGAGCAAGUCUCUGCAGCACCCGCUGUGCACACUGACGAGCCUCAAUUUAUUCGACUGCGAGUUGACGGGCGCCUGCUGUGCUCAUUUCUCGGAGGCCCUGAUGUCGUCCUGCUGCUCCCUGACCGAGCUGGACCUGUCGGUGAACGACCUGCGCCAGGAGGGGGCGCUGCUGCUCUGCCGAGCCCUCCGCCGACCCGGCUGUCCGAUCCAAAAGCUCAGCCUGCAGCGGUGCCAGUUGACGGCGCCGGUCUUCGAGGAGCUGAGCUCGGUGCUGAGGGGGGGCGCCUCCCGACUGACGUCCCUGAGCGUGGGUUUGAACGCCGUGGGGGACCGGGGGGUGAAACACCUCUGGGACGCCGUGGCGCAUCCCAGCUGUCUGCUGGAGGAGCUGGACGUCGAGAUGACCGGUCUGACGGACGCCGGCGUCCAGGACCUGUGCGGCGCCCUGAGGACCAGCAGCACCCUGAGGAGCCUGGAGCUGAGGAACAACGCCAUGACGGACGCCGCCGUCCCGGCCCUCGUCCGCGCCGCGCGGGACAGCGACAGCAUGCUGGAGAUGAACCUGAAGUACAACGACUUCAGCGAGGACGUCUUCGAGCUGAUGGACGAGUGCGAGAAGAUAAGAUACUGAAGAAGAAGAAGUUUUGGUCUCAGGCUGCUCACGUGCAGAGUUUAUUUCACGGGUUUAAAGAUGAAAUUUACAUAAAACAGAAGAAAAGAAAUAACAAUUAAAUCAUCAAAAUACUUAUUUGAAGUCCUCUUUUCGGGCAAAAAUGACAAAUUCGAAGUUUCCUUUUGCUUUUCUUGACAUCAAGUCAAAAAUAUAGUUUCAAUCGUUGGACAUUUUUUUUGUUAAUCUGAAGUUCGAAACUUUUCGCUUUAUUUUCCAGAUGAAAACCAGAAAUUAAAGGCAGAUUAACCGAUGAUUUAAAAUAAAAAUAAAUCCUUCACAAUUCA